AUGAGUGACCAGGAAAAGGAUGAUUCAUACACUUUGACUGAUGAAGAAACAAACAAUGAAUUUACCUCUGUUGAGAAUUCAACACCUAGUAAAAGCCAUUGUUCUGAAGAAACACUAAAAAUUAAUAAAAAAGAAAAAACUAUGGAACUAGUCCAAGAGAAACAAACGUUUACAGGAAAUGACCAUCUAACAACACCACCAAUACAACCUACUACAAAUACAUUAAAUGAACCAGAAAAAAAAAUAAAUGACCAAACAAAAAAAAAGAAUCAAUCUCAUCAUCAAGAAAAGUCAUUUACAAACAAAAACGACAACCCUAAAACAAAUGGAAUUAAAGACAUUUUUAACCAACAAAAUACUAAAGAACAAUCAGAUUAUUCAUCUUCAAUUGAACUACUUCAACCACCUGUUGCUUUUCCUAAGAAAGAUGAUAAAAUAAAAAUUGGGAAAUCAAAAUCAGAAAAAGAAAGAAAAAGUCUACAAAAAGACUUAUCUUCUACAACAACUUUUCCGAAACAAAGAAAUCAAAAAGAAACAAUUGGAUUAUUACAACCACCACUUCCUAUACAAACAAUAGGUCCAACACAAAAAUCUAAUUCAUCUCAGAAAAGAACUUUCCAACAUAUUGUUCGUGAUAUUAUUAAAGAAAGAGAAUCUUGUCGUACAUCAUCUUCAAUUGAAUGUGAAACAACAAGAGAUAUACCUAGAGAUAUUUCUAGAGAACAACAACGAAUGUCUUUAAAUCAAAAUCUUAAUCAUUAUAAAAGAGAAGAAAUUCUUAAUGUUUAUCCACAACAACCUCUUCAACCAACAGCACCUAAAAGAAUGUCUACAUUUAAUACUUCUUUUCCUUCUGUUGUUCAACAACCAGAGAUGUUUUAUAGACAAGAACCAAUUCAAAUAAAUCGAACAAUUCAACAACCACAAAUAGGACAACCAAUUUCAUUUAACCAAAAUAUAUUUGAGGUCUAUGAAAAAUAUUUUAUGAUGUUUGGAGCAUUUGUAGAAUGUUGGCCAGAUGAUGCAUUUACACAAUACUCAAAACAAGUUGUCAAGAAAAUAGUAAGAGAUUAUAUAAUGAAUCCUGAAUUAUUUCAAACAUGUCCAUUACAUAUUAGAAAUCAAAUUUAUUCAUAUACAGCAUUAAAAUAUGUAUUAAAUCAAGUGAGGAAAGGGUCAUAUGAAUUACCAUUUGAACUUGAAUUAAUGUAUAAAGAUGGAUGGGAAAGAAGUUGUGAUGUAUGUUUAUUAAAAGAAAUGGAACGGUGUGGAUUAUGUUAUUUUGAAGGAUAUGUUCAAAAUGAUUGUAUUAAUUAUGUUUUAACUCAAGUUAUGAAAUUAAGUCAAGAACAAAAAAUAUCUUUUAUUCAACAAAGAUGUUCAUUUUUAUUAAGAUGUAUUAUUUUAAAAAGGUAG